GGAAGUGUGCGAUUAGGUUUUACAUUCUUAAAAAUGGCGUUUAACUAGAUACUUUUGUUUAAAAAAAUAUGUGUUUUCACUGGGGUUUAACAAGAGGGGAAUUAAUUAUGGCUUUCAAAAUGGUUUCAUAGUGAUGAUAUUUGUUUAUGGUUAAGGUCUUGGUCGUUAUUUCAAAAUUUCUAAAUACCAACAUGUCGGGGGAAAACUCUUUGCCUUCGGUUGACGCUAAACCGCAGCCUCCAAGAACCGGAGACGAAUCGUUACAACAACAAACAGGUGAUCAAAGUGUCCCAACUGCAACAACUCCUGGGCAAGAAAUACAAUCGUCGGCCACAACAAGUGCAUUUAGAUUGGAUGUCCCACCUAUACCAGACGACUGGCAUUUUCAGCAAUUUCUUUUAGAGCUUUCCGAUGGACUGACGGACAAUAACCUAGGGAAACUAAAAUAUCGAUUUGCAGGAGCAGGGGGUUUGGGCAAGAAAGUUUUAGAAGAAAUCAAAUCGCCAAGAGAUUUAUUUACAAUUCUGGGAGCCAGAGGAUUUCUUACAAGAGAUAAUCAACUGCUUCUGCAAAAGGCACUUUUUGACAUAGGACGAAUGGAUUUGAUUGAAAAGGGAGUUCAUUAUGCAAAUUCUAAAGGCGAUAUUCCGGUGUUUUAUCCAGAAGCUUCAACCCCAGCAAACGGAUACAGAUUUGUCAAAUGGCAUGUAGAGGGAACAGACUAUAAGGAGUAUUCAAGGGAUCAGAUUCUGUCAUUUCGGGCGAGGGUUGCUAACGCUCUGUUUAUACCCCCGGAAUACGUGUUGAUUGCCGGUGUACAACCUUCAUCUAGUUUACUCAUUGCUUUGAUGAUACCCGAAAGCUACGUGGAACUCUUUCAAAUGAUGCUUGAAAGAGAUGAUGAAUUUUUAGCUUUGCAACGUCUUGGUGUAGAUGUAGUGGAAGUGGGUAGAAAAUCGUACAAUUUGAAAGGAAUAGCUGAUGCUGAGCUAGUAGAAACAGAACAACAAAGCAGACUGACGACGAUUUAUGAGCAAUUGGAAGAGAAGGUUAAAAACUUAGAAAAAACUGAAGUUGAAGUGGUCACACUGAGUAGAAAGGUUGACAAUUUACAGGAAGAACUAAAAGGAAAUGAGAAUAAGAUAAAACUUCUUAAUGUUGAAGUGAAGACUCUUCGGAAAGUCCUCAAACCUAAUGCGAACAAUCCAGUUGUAAGUGAAAUCCUUGAAAAAGCCAUGGACAACUUCAAAUCUGUCCUCGAUGAAGUUGAAAAAACUAAUUAUGACAAGACUCUAAUCGUGAAACUCCUUGACACAAAUACCGAGCUGGUAUCAGUGGGAGGAGCACACUCAUUAGCAAUCAAAGAGAGGGGCUACAACCACGAAAUUGCAAGAUUAAACGCUAUGAUCACACCUCUACAGUACAAGUUAGCCAGAUACCAGUACGCAACGGCCGGAGGGCCCCCAGAAUUUGAUCCCGCGACAGACAAGGCAUUUUUGAAUGUUCUUCAAACUAUGAUCUUUUCGGCUAUUCCAGGUGUUGGAUCCUUUAACCAGACAUUAACACCUGUUGGGGAAGAAAUACUGAAAAACAUAAGCAUGGGACUGAAACAACGGGACAGGAAAACUAUUCUGAAAAACUACACAUGGCAUCCAAAUGAUCCAAUAAAGGCAAGAAUGGAUGAUGAUUCAUCAUGGUUUCUUGCUGGUAUAUUUUACAAAGAAUUGGAAAAGCAUGGCAAUGGAGAGAUUAUUGACUUCGGUCAGUUUUAUGCAAGUCUUCUGUCUGACAUUGGGAGAGCUGAUCUAAAGGAAAAGUUUGUACAGCAACACCCAGAACAUAAACAAAAGAAGAACGUUCCUUACCCAGAUCAAGCGGCCGCAGGUCAAACACCGACGGCAAGCCAACAACCUACUGAAUUUAAACAAAUGAAGCAACAAAUCGCCGAUAUGCAUACCUGGAUGGAAUCAGCCAGGCAAGGAUUUCGAGGAGAAUCUGAGUCGUGGAGUGUUCCAGCUUUCGAUAUUCCUCAAUCCUUCAAAGGAAACGACAGAACAGGCGCCACUGAAGAAACUAAACCUAGAACACAGUCUGAAAAAGACAAAGCUUAAGUAGAUAAAUUAACAGAAACUAGUGUGGGUGAUAAUUUGCGGUAAAUAGUUGAAGCCCGGAAUUAAAUACAUUUUGGUUUACCUAAGCUGAUCCCCUGAUUCAAAAUUAUGUUAGCGUUUAAAUAGAGACACGUUAGAAAUAAUAUAACUGUUGAUAUGCUACGUUGCUCUUGAUUAUUUGGUUUGUUCCGUUUCAACUUCCAUAGUUAAUCCUUAAAUAAUAAAAGACAAAUUACAACCAGGCGUAAAUAGAAAUGCGUAUAUUGUUAAACAUAUUUAAAGUAUAUAUUUACAUUCACCUAGUCCUCUGUAUAGAUACAACUUGACGUUCGUAUUGUAUAACACGCAAGGAGUUAUGACGUCAAUGGUUACUUCAGUACUGCGCUCGAAUCGGAUAAGCGCGACGUCUUUUUACCAAUGAUAAACGACGUUACACAAAUCAGAUAUUCUUUUAUACAAACGUAUGUUGUCGGUUACACUUCUUUAAGAAGAAAUACUCAACUACAGGAGAUACUGCUAAUUUGUAAUCGCAAUGAUUUUUUUUUUGUUAAUCUGAAUAUGGAAUUUGCUCGCGUGCCCUUCUGCGUUCAUACAGCAUGAAACAAAUGUGAUCAAUCCUUAAAUAAUUUGAAGUUUCGUCCAUUUUUAAAGAUGACUGUAAUGUCUGACUUAAGUUUUUUUAUAUAGCCACGUACUGACUUUAUAUCAAUUGUAAAGUUCAUAAAAGCAACUGAAAAAUAGUUACGAACAUGAUUAUGAUAUACGCAACUGUGAAUAAUUGUGUUUAAGCUUGAAAGUAUGUUUGUUUCCGAAGAGUGAAUAUAUGUAUGAUACGUUAUCACUUUUUACUUUAUACAGAUGUAUACUUUCCUUUAUAUUGAUACUGAAUUGUAAACAAGUAUUGUUCAUAAUUGUAUGAUGUUAACUGUAUUUGUAGUAAGAUACAUUAAGAUGCAUGCAUGUUACUCACUGUCAUAACUGUCCAAGUACAAUGUUUGUAAAUAAGUGAAACAUGAACAUAAUAUUUCAUGACCGGUUUGAUAAUUUUAUUUUCAUACAGAGUAGCCCACAUAGAUAAUAAUUUUAAUUAAUUGACGACUUACAAAAAACUAACUCUAAGUGUGGAAUCCUAUAUGCAUUAUAUUUAUUUGUUUGUAAUUUAGGUCAACGCUAACCUUCUUAGUAGGUUUAAUGCCCGGGGGCUUACUUCUGUAGAUUCCAAAUCAUGUCAUUUUGCAACUGUAUCAUUUUGUUGAUGUCGUUUCUUAAAGAACAUCAUCUCGACUCCGUUGGCAGUACUUCAUUUUCACAUGCCCCAUUAUCUUUUUGUCAUAUGUGACAAUUAGUUUCCUUUUUCAAUUUUGAUCUUUACAUCGAUUUGAUUUGAAUGUAUGUCCGUAUUUCCACUUGAGAACAUUAUAAAUAAUUUGUACAACUAUGUACAUUUUGGAUAUCUGGUGACCCCGUUUCACUUGGUAUCAUUUUAAAGAGUUUGAUUUGUAGAGGAGGACUAUGGCAAUGGCGCUUUUUUUACCUUAAAAUAUUGAAAAAUCCGUCUUUUCACUUCCAAUUUCAGCCGAAGUAAAGAACAAAAACACAAACUGCCAUAACCUGAUCUAAAGUGUUUUUGUUUAAUUAUUUACAUAUUGUUAUUACGCAAACAAUAACAUUUAAAAUAAUAAUAUAUAGGGUUACCAGCCAUCUAAAUUUAGCGUUAUUGCUAAAGGCAUAUGGCUAAUGGUCUACCUAUUAGUUUAUUAUUUAAUUAUCAAGUUUCCUGAAGUUAAUGCAUACUUCCAAGAUUCACCAUUUACGUUUUUACUUUAUUCGGGAAUGUUGCGAUAAGAGUGAGGUUGUGCACGCAAACUGGUUUAAAGCCCCAGUACAUUUACAUUUUACUGACCGUUCCAAGGCGGUACCUAACAAUCCUUGAUAAACACUCAUAGUAUACAUAUACUGUGUUGUUUGUGAAGUUUUGUGUUGUAGGUCCAUGUUUCUUGUUUGUGAUUGUUUUGUUGUUGUGUUCUUUGGCGUUUACCCAGUGCCAUUAAACGGGGUUCAUGUUUAAACUGUUGGCUACUGAGCUUGUUUCUGUAGUUUUUCACAUUAAUAUUGAUGAAAUUACUAGCUUAAGUUCACAUGGGAUAACUUAAUUAACACACGCAUAUGGGCUAAAAUACGAAUAAACCAUGACCCGAAUUAAUUUCGAUAUUCUCAAUUUUGUAUUCAAUUUGUUAAAAACAAACAUAAAGGUUAUUUAGACUUAGAGAGAUGAAUUGACAUUUUAGAUCUUAUUAUCUCAUUUCGAAAUGAAUAAAGUUUUUUUAAACUUC